CAUGAGACACAGCCACACCGCUCAGGAAUACAACACCACACACACACUUCCUGGCUGGCCUCGCUCACGCUGUGGACACGCACCCUGGCCACACGGACACCUUGACAAAUAGUGACUGACAUGAACAAUUGCACUCUGUACAUGUGCACACACCGUACGCCACGUCAUUGACCGGCCACAUAUCAUCACUCACGUCAGCAGUCGAGAGGCCGCUGAUAGAGCGGCGGUCUGCUGGGGCACCUCUCCGCCAUGUGUGGGUGGGGCGGCCGGCUGUUGAACUCGUUCAGCUGCAUCACGUGCCCACCCAUCACCUGCCGGGGGCCGUCGGCGUAGAGCGUCAGCGAGUAGAGGUCGAAGUUGUGCACUUCGGCGCAGUUGAUGCUGUCCGCCAGACGGCCGAACAGCCCCCCGGCCUUGUACAUGGAACACACGAACGUCGAGCACACUCGAGCAGGGGCAACCACUGCCUCUUCCACGCCAUUCCUGAACCACACACACCCAGACACCGCACACGUUGGCCCAUGCUCGUGGUGUUCAGGAUCUACACAGAGAGAGACUGACCGCUUUGUGUGGUAGGUCCAGUGGUCCUGUUCGGGUAUGGUGUUGAUGUCCAUCAUGGCGACGCCCCGCUGGCGGGCCUCCUCGAACACAUCGGCAGGAGUGGUGAGGUUGGUGUCCAGCCGCCUGUUCCACGCCUGCAUGUACAUCCGACCCGCCAGCAGGGGCAGGUGACGAUACGCCGCUGACGCCGCUAUCUGCAGAACCAAUGUAUUAAGGAAACCCAUGCAUGGCUGCGGUGUGGUGUGCUUGGGUGCGGUGGUCUUGAGUAUGUGACGUACGUACCUCCAUCUGUUGCCAUUGGAGGCACUCUGUGAAGGAAGGCGGCAGACACGGCAGGUUGUCCUGCACACACACACACACACACACACACAGGGGUGGUUGUCAACGUCAACACGGUAGGUAUGCGGUCUCUGCCUGCCCCAGCUAGGUACCUUGACAGUGUCGAUCCAGGUGAAGAGGAUGUUCUCAUAGCCGUAGUUGACGCCCUCCACACCACUGAACCACUCCAGCGCUGCCGUCGAGUUCAACGCCUCGCGAGAAGCUGCCGACAACGUCGAGUACAUCACCUGCACGCAGUACACACACACAUAGAGGUGUCCCUGUCUGUCUGUCUGUUCGUCGACCCGUUGGCUCACGCACGUACGUUGUAUCCUGCAGCUUGUGCCUGCUUCAGCCACAGUCUGAGUGGCGUCCUCUGCAGCCCAUUGGUGGGCCAGUGGCUGCUCUUGGUGGUCGCCUCAUACACAUACGGCUCGCCGUGUUCGUCAUGGAAGAUGACCGCCUCAUGCCCGUCCGUCGCCCCCAUCCCCCACGCCAGCAUCGGGUCCAGCCCGUCGAGCCGCAAAAUGUUGAACAGGUCACCGUCCCUCACCUUGCUCACAUCCAGGGGGUCAAGCGGCCCUUCCACAGGAGGCAGCACCACCCCCCUAUACUUUGCAAGGAAAUCCAGGUUGCUCCUCUCCGCCAGGGCAUCCGGCCGUCGUGCGGUCAGCGGCCGGAAGAGCAAUAGCGUGGCCUUCAGGCUGUGAAGCGUCUCUGCGGGCGGCAGCGAGAAACGGAACACCCUGAUGCCGUUGGCCAGCAGGUCGGACCUCUCGGCCGCAGACAGGCUGCUGUGAAGGGGCCAGUGGAAGUGGACGGCUCUGCGGAAGGGCUCGGGGCGCAGCGAGCGGAGAUGGAGGCCCUCGAGGGUCGCCAGGAGGUAGUGGUCACCACACGGCGGGAAGCGGGAAGUGGGAUGGCCCAGCUCUAUGGACACUGUCAUGGCGGGAUCGACGCCGUUCCAGCUGGCAUGGGCAGAGCUGUGAGGAAAGCAGGAUCCGCCCAGAGCCUUGACAGUGCCGUUGACAGGGAGGUUGGUCACAUAGGGCGGCAAGAAGCGCCAGUAGGGGUACAGAUGGAAGUCGGUCUCCUCUUUCCGCAUUGGCGCGUCUGGCUGAGCGACCUCCUCGACGAUAGGGAGCAGGUCGGUCACCAUCCUCUCCAGCAGCUCACGAGGCGACUCGAUGAGGGCAUGGGAGUCGACGGGCUGCACUCCGCCCAUGACGAGGGCGAACGAGUCCCCGAACUUGAGCGUCGUCUGCGGCAGGAUUUCCGACCAGCUCACCGGCCGCUGCUGAGUCCGCACCGCUGUUUGCCGGAGAAGCAUGGCUGCGGCAAGCAACAGAAGGGUGAGCAGGCCGAGAGUGAAGAUGAGCCGUGGCUUGAGGAGGGCGCGGGCGACAUUGAGGUGAUUGGCUGGUGCCGCUGUUGUUUCUGGUGCUGGUGCAUGGUGCUCAUCUUGCUGCAGAAGAGGUGACUGUCGCGCGGUCCUCCAGUGCGAUGCGUCUUCAAAAUAAGAUGACAUUGUCGAUGAAUCAGGCGUGGUUGGUUGGUUGGUCAUUUGGCGUGAGCGCUGAGCCACGUUAGCUGAACUGGCCCUGCACUUGUUGACCCCGAGCCCUUCUCCUCCUUCCUUUUCCUCUCUUUCC